AAGAAGAUAAAAUCACACCGGGACGCGAAAAUUGCGUUUAUACCAGCUGUUACUGGUAAAUACGGUCGGAAACUCAGAUUUUAUGCCGCACAGACAUGCACUCAGACAUACAGCAUGACAGUUUAUUGUGAAGAAAAUGUUUGGAAGCUCUGUGAGUAUGUCAGAACAGAGAGAACGGCUCCACUGGAACAGCUGUGCGUGGUUUUCAUCUCUAAUGACAAGCGAAUGGUUCCUCUUUGGAAACAGAAGUCCGGCCAUGGAGACCAGCCAGUCAUCUGGGACUACCAUGUGGUUCUGAUCCAGGUGGGUCUUCAGUCAGACUCUCUGGUUUAUGAUCUAGACUCUGAGCUGCCGUUUCCCUGCAGUCUGCGACUGUACGCCGCCCAGGCUUUCCGCUCUGACCACUUCAUCAGACCUGAGUUUCACAGGAAGUUACGAGUGAUUCCUGCAGAUAGCUUCCUAUUGAACUUUGCAUCCGAUCGAUCUCACAUGAGGAACUCUGACGGAACCUGGAAGAUGCCCCCACCCUCCUACCCCCCAAUACGCACAGCAGAGUGUCAGAUGAACCUGGAUGACUUCAUCAGUAUGAACCCUGCUAUUGGCUGGGGCACAGUCUUCAGCCUGGACCAGUUCCUGCAUAGAUACAUAGGAAAUCCUGCCUCAUCUUCAUCAUUGUCUUCAUCAUCCUCAUCAGCAGCGGUGUCUCGGUAGUUGUAAUUUUAUCGCUUCAGACGAUCCUGUCCAGUAAAAGACAAAUAUUGAUGAACUCUUGACUGGAGAACAUUGUGACAUCACAGUGACCCCUUUCACACCAGCAAGUGGAGUUCAGAGGGAGCAGAAAUGUGAAUAUUGUGGGUGUUUGGUCUGCUGAGCCUCUGAUAAAUAUAUUCAUUCAUCAGUUUCCGAUUUGACAUCAGAACAAUGACAUUAAUGGGCAGCAGAAUCUUAAAUGUUAUUUUGUUUGUAUAAAGUUCACUGAGCAAUAAAGACGUUUCCUGCCACCUUUGUGCAUCCUGACUUAACUGUUCCAACACUGAAGACGACCAAUUUAAAGAGCAACUGUCUAAGUUUAAAACUAAAUUAAUGGAAUUUUAAUUAUCAUUGUGAACUGUUUGCUGGAGACCUAUAAAAUAUUUUUCAUUUUA